GGCGGAAGCGCUGUGUGUUUCUGGAUCUGGAAGACAGCGUGCGGCCCUGGCUGAGAAAGCUCUCAACUCCUUGGAGUUCAUAAUUACUGAUCAAAUUUACACGAAGUAUCUGGUUAAACACAGGCGGGUUUGUUUGUCCAGGAAUGGGGGCUAACAACAGCAUGCGUCGCGUUUCUUUUGGGUCGGAUGAGAAUGAGAACGUAACGAUAGUGAAGGGCAUAAGGCUCUCUGAGAAGGUCAUAAACCGCAUGAGGGAACCCUCAGACCCACCACGGCCCCCCACCACAACCCCUCUUGCUUCUCCUCCCGUGGUUGAUCCUCUGCCAGCACUGGUGCCAAUAUCUCCUCCACCUGUCACUUCCCUUCCACCUCCUUCCUUGCCAGAGCGAGUGACCACUCCUGCACCUCCUCCUCCACCUCCAGCAGAGCCUCCUCCUGUAGCCACAGCACCAGCUGAAUCAGUGGGUGCUGUAUCAGCCCCUGCAGAAAUAUCCACCCCCUCCCCUCCAGCUGAACUUGUCGCUCCUGUCGCUUCCGCUGCUGAAACAAUCCCACACCCUGUGGCUUCUUCACCACCACCACCUCCUACCGCGGAUGAGUCUGAAAUGAGAAGAAAGAUUGCUGAAGAGCUGCAGAAAGGCCUGGAGGAAGAGAGGAGAAAGUCACGAGAGGAACUCAACCGAUGGCUGGAAAAGGAAAAGUCCCAGGCUCAUGUUCAGGCCCAGGCAGAAGCUCAAGCCCAGGUUAAGGAUGAGGUGAGCAGGAUCCUUGCAUUAGAGAAAGAGAAGAGCGUCCAGAAAGCCAUACUGAGAGAAAGAGUCACCGCCGAGGAUGAAAAACUGCAAGUUCAGAUAUAUCAGAUGGAAAGAAAGGCUAGACAGUUGGAGGAGAGAGACAAAGAGCUCCGGAAGCAGGACGCUUUCUACAGAGAGCAAGUGGCCAAGCUGAAGGAAAGGAGUGCCCAAUUCUACAAGGUGACCAAUGAAAACUAUCACAAGGCAGCAGAAGAGGUCAACGCCAAGUUCAAGCGGUAUGACAUUAGUCCAGUGUGCACCGACCUUCAGGGGCAGAUUCUGAAGUGCUACAGAGAAAAUGGCGGGAAAACUCUGCUGUGCUCCAACAUCGCCUCUCAAUACAUGCAGUGUGUCAACAAAGCUAAACAGGACAAGUUGAGGACUUGAGGUUAAGUCUCUGAGCAGGAAGAGAGGAAGACCUGUUUGUAUCUGUGAUCUCACCGAUUAUCGACUGUUGCUGAAGGAAAGACGUCACCCGGAGACACUCCUGAGCAGACCUGAAGCAGAAUCUGCAGUGAAAUGAGAGCUAGACACCUUUGAACCUUCCUUUUUUACCUAUACCUACACUUUUACCUUCCUCCCUCGUCCCUGUUAUUUCUCCUUUUUCCAGGAAAGGGAAACUAGUAUCCAUUUAUGUAAUGGACAGAAUCAGUAAGCAGAGGUGAUCGUACAGUAGGUGGAACUCAAACGUUCUGAGCACCUGAACCAGAAAAUGCAAUUUGUUUUGGUUCACAAAGGAUAGCACACAGCGAAGAGAACCAAAUUAGACACCAAAUAUUGGCUAAUCUAGAACCAACCACAGAAAUCUGAGAAGGAUUCUAGGUUUGGUGGGACUGGUUAUGUAGCGUCAUUAAUCCAGCCACCAUACCUGUGAUCCACCCUGCUAACCCACCACAAUCCAUCAUCAUCCGCUGUUCAUUGUGUUUUUGUGUGUGAUGUUCAUUGCUGUUUAUUUUGUCUUGUUAACACCAAAAAAUGUCAGGGCUGAUCCCCGAUCUGCUUUAAAGAAUAAACUAUUCAAACCCUAAA